AUGGAGUCGUAUGAGACGGACGCCAGCCUCGAGCAGCUGCCGAAGGGCGUUGAGUUUCCUGAGCUGGUGCUUCGCUGCACUGUCGUGGCCGCGAUUCCUCUUCGCAUAUGCGAGUUUGGGGACGGCAAGGUGUUCACCGUAGUUGGCUCUGUCGCCCCGUGCACGCCAGGCGCUUGCGCCGCCAAGACACGGCUUCUGCGCAUUAACUUCUACAACUCGUGGGGGGCUGCCGCAGCCUUCAUGGACCCCGGUGACGUCAUCCUGCUGCGAGGGUUUUGUCUGUUGGAUGUACCGCCUCACGCAAGCGGCGGCGGAGCCGCAAAGUCGGCGUCGGAUCCCCAGCCGCUAUUUGUGCGUCCGCUGCCGAGCAAGAGCACGCUGCGUGUGCUGCAAAAGGGCAUGAAGGAGCUCGUGAUGGAGGUGGCUGUCAGUCCAGAGAACUGGGAUGCCAUCGGCAUGCGGAGUCUGCCUAAGUCGGACGCAGAAAACCAGAGGUACGCGCGCACGUGCUGGGGCUUGGAAGAGCUGUCCUGUUGA